GGGUCGAACCUAACCGCGGCCUGAGCAAGCACACUUACAUGUGCCGCUCGGUGAGGAUUGAAACAGCUCAGUUAAGACGAUGCUGCUCCUACCUCCUGCCCAGCCCCUCGGUGCUAAACACUGGUUUUCACUGACUGCAGAAAUUCUACAGUCUUGAAUUUGCAAUUCGAUUUCUAAAUUCUCCUCUCCCCUCAAAACCUUCCAUCUGUCCUAGAGACACCUGUCAUUACAGGAAUCCUCACUUAGUGUAAUUGCUAGGGAAUCCAACUCGCACUUCCAUCAAGAUGGGUCUACUCGAGAGCUUGACGGCGGCUAACCCGCUCUAUAUUGCGGGCUCCAUCUUUGGAGCCUACCUCCUACUUCUGGUGUUCUUCAGGGUCAGAAUGGAGUAUCUCCUCAGCAAGUCUGGUGGUGUAAGAGCUCCAGUCAUUGCUUCCAACCCCUUUACAGCCAUUCCGGUCUUCUUACGGAUUGGACGUUAUCAACUCAAGCACCAGCUCCUCGAGGGCUUUAACGUUCUUUUCAGCGUCGCUACCCCCGAGUCUCCGAACACAGUCGAGAUUGGUUUCACGGGCAAGCUCCGCUUUCUCAUUACCAGAGAGCCGGAGCACAUCAAGACGGUCCUCACUUCCAAGUUUGCCGACUUUGGCAAGGGGGCCAUGUUCCAUCAAGUCUGGUCUCCAUUCCUAGGCGACAGCAUCUUCACCACGGAUGGAAAGACGUGGCAGGAUAACCGGAGCUUGAUCCGACCCAUGUUCAUCAAGGACCGUGUCAGUGACUUGCACAUCUUUGACAAGUGGACCGACAUCAUGAUGGACAAGUUCCCGGCGUCGGGAGUCACCUUUGACAUUUCAGAUCUGUUCUACCGUAUGACGCUUGAUGUGACGACCGAUUUCUUGCUUGGGCAUGGUGUCAACAGUCUUGGCAACCCGAAGCAUCACUUUGCACAUGCAUUCAACGAAGUACAGAGCUAUCAAAUGUUUUACACCAUCAUGGGACCCUUUGAGUACAUUUUGCCCCACGGAACGUACAAGCGCGGCAUCAAAGUCAUUGAGGAGUUUAUCCAUCCCUUUAUCCAGGAGGCCCUGGCCUUGCCGCCAUCAGAGCUCGAGAAGCUCUCCAAGUCGGAUAAGGACUUCACCUUCCUUCACAACAUUGCUCGUUUCACGCGCGAUCCCAAGGUCAUCCGCGACCAGCUCGUUGCUAUUCUCCUCGCCGGUCGUGAUACCACUGCUGCAACGCUCUCAUGGACUCUCUACGAGCUUUCCCGCUACCCUGCCACAUACGCUAAGCUGCGCGCUGAGAUUCUGACAACCUUGGGCCCGAAGAGGGCACCGACCUACGGGGACCUGAAGAGCAUGAAGUACUUGACCAACUGUCUUCAGGAGACGCUGCGCUUGUACCCCGCGGUGCCGUUCAAUGUACGCUCCGCGUUGACGACGACGACGUUGCCCGGCAGAAAUGGCAACCCCGAUAUUGCCGUGAUCGAGGGCGAUUCGGUUGUGUACAGCACGCUCGCUAUGCAGAGGAGGCGGGACCUAUAUCCCGAGGUGUCAGAGACGUUUGCGGACCCGGCCAUCUACAGUCCCGAGCGAUGGGACAACUGGCAGCCGAAGCCGUGGCAGUAUGUGCCGUUCAACGGUGGCCCGAGAAUCUGUGUUGGACAAAACUUUGCGAACACGGAGAUGGCUUAUACAAUGGCGAGAAUUCUGCAAAAGUUUGAAAAGCUCGAGUACCGCGGAGACUGGAAUGCGCAAGUCAUCAGGGCCGAGAUCGUCGGCGCGCCGGGUCACGGCGUGCCUAUCGCGCUUUUCGAGGCUGUCGAUGGCGAGAUGGCAUGAUUGUCAAAGAAACCGCAAGGACGGUAUUAGCGAGUCUCUUGGUUUCCUUGCAACGAUGUAACGAAAAAAGAUAAAGGGCCGAAGUGGCAUGAACGAAAAUAAAUCACAAAAAAGGACUGCAGCGAGCCUGAACGACACUUGGCUGGCUACGUGUUGGGGAACUGGGGAGGGGAAUGAAGUAAUUUUUUUAAGGUUAUGGUGAGAUGAGGAUGGUCGACUAGGAGAGAAAUAAUUCUGUCGACAGUUUGAUCGAUUAGCGAGUCGCCGAGUCCCCUCCGCGGCAUAGGACGUCAAAUGAGAUUUUGGGGGGUUUGAUACACUUUAUGAGCAUCGUCGUUGCUUUGCGGUAUAAGACGCGGUAUUGUUUCUUAUCGUUGCGUGAUACAGCAACAUUGAAUACGGAGUACACCGUAUAUAGUGACAGCGAUUGAUUGAUACUCGGU